UUUUGCCAAUUUCGUUUGCUUAAAAUUAUUCUUUUCUUUAAUUUUGCGCUGGGAUUCAUUUCACAUGAACUUUUUCUUUUUUCUCAUUUAGCCCCUGUACAUAUACUCGUCUCGCUUUUGCACGCACACGUUUUUUUAUUUGUUCGCCACAGACAAUCGAAUCACAACACACAUACACACACUCUUACACACAAAAUGGUAAUGCGGUUUCGCACAUUGACGGGUGCGCAGAGACACAGACUCACAAACAUGCUAUUCUUUGCAGGCGUGGUUUCAGCGAUCGGUACAGUGACAGGCACAAGCAUCCUUGGGUGCCCGGCAGUCAGCCGCGAGAGCCGACUUGACAACGAAGACCCGGAUGUGGCUGUAAAUACAGCUACAUCACCACUGCCGCCGCCGGGAUUGAAGGAGAAGCAGUUUGUUGGUGGAAGGAUGGAGCCCGUUCGGACAAGUCGGGGAGAAUAAAGCGCAAACUUUUUUAUUUUUUGACAUAUUCACAGAAAACUUGGUAUAAAAAUAUAAAUAAAAAAUAGACAACACAAAAAA